AUGUUCUCUGAGAAUGUUCCUUCAGAGAACCUGCCCACAGAAAAUGACAGCUUGCCACCAGACUGGCCAUCGCAAGGAAACAUAGUCUUUGACUCUGUCAGUGCAGAGUAUAGAGCUUCGGAGCCAGUUCUCAGGGACGUAUCUUUGUCUAUUCAAGCAGGGGAAAAAGUGGGGAUAUGCGGCAGGACUGGAAGUGGUAAAACCUCUCUCUUAAUGAGUGUCUUCCGGAUGGUUGAGCUCAGUUCUGGAGGUAUUCAGAUUGACGGCGUCGAUAUAUCAAAGGUGCCACGGCAAGAAGUACGCUCCCGCAUUAACGGGGUCGCUCAAAGCCCCUUAUUGAUAAGGGGAAGUGUCCGAGAAAAUAUCGAUCCAACAGGCUGCCACACUGAUAAGUCCAUAAUGGAAGCUCUCAGAGCCGUUCAACUCUUCUCCAAGGUUCAGGAAAACGGAGGCCUAGGCACCGAAGUUGACGAACUAUUCCUAUCUCACGGGCAAAAGCAGCUCUUCUGUCUCGCUCGAGCAAUCCUGCGUCAAGGCAAUAUUCUCGUCCUGGACGAAGCUACCAGCAGUGUCGAUACCGUAACCGACGAGAUCAUGCAACGAGUUAUCCGGGAAAGGUUCAGCAACCACACAAUCCUCACCGUUGCCCACAAGCUUGAAACAAUUCUCGACUAUGACAAGAUUAUUGUGCUGGAUGCCGGCCGCAUAGUCGAGUCCGGCAGUCCCUAUGCUCUUCUGGCUUCGGACACCUCGCAUUUCAGCAAAUUAUAUGCAAGCUCGAUGAUGGAGGAAGCCGAGUAA